CUAUUAUUGACCCACUGCCAUGUAAUUCGUUUCAUGGACGCCGCAGAGCAGCGAACAUGGCGCCUCCUCCGAGCACAAGCAAUUGUCGAACUCGACAGCUUUCUUCGGCAUGUUGCACCGGACGUGCCGCUUGGGAGCCAAGCGAUGCAACUCACGAGCUUCCACGGCGCGACAAUGUCAGCAGGUGGAAAGGAGACCCACAAUCGUCCGGUGAAUGCCGUGAGAAGAUUUGACAAUACUCCCACAUCCACCUGCUCGGACCUAGGCAAGUAUCUUUCCGCCUAUGCGAUCGGUGCCACCAGUUCCUCUUCCGGUGACCUUCCACUUGCACAGCGGCUAGGGCUAUCGCCCACAUCCACUCGAGAUGAGCUUCCUGCGCUAGACGGCAAACAACUGCAAGAGGGCUAUCAUUUUGGCUCGCUCACCCUGGAUGAAAUCCCGGAGUUCAGGAGCUACACCAUGCCAGAACUGCUUGCGAUGGAGUACCAGCGAUCCAAAAAUACGACUCUUGCAUCCAUGCCGGAGAUGGGGUUCGAGGACGACGAUCCAGACGAAGACGAAGAUCAACCAGAGACUUUCACAACUUUCACGGAGCCAGCGCUCCCGCCUAUGCCCUCGCAGAUUCCCAGCGCCUACAAGUUGCAGAUGCAGACCAAGACUAUGCCAGACUUGGGAAAUAUUGGGACAUUUGUGGAUGGGGUUCCUCAAGUGAACAGGAUGCCCCGCUUCAGGCAGCCAGGAACGGGGCAAUCUGCAGCUGGCAAUCAGGAGGGUCGCUUCGAGCUCUGAGUCCUGGCAAUUUUCCAGCUGGAGCUGUCUCACUGGAAAAAGCAUGCAGCUGUGGUUGUCAAAACCGUGUUGGGAUCCCAUUUUGGGGCAGGCGCACCGCCAGAACCUAUUUUAGCGGGGAUUGGGAUGUUCACUGGGGGUACGGUUUGGAUUUUGACCCACAGCCAUGUAAUCCGCGGUGUCAUUCCGGAAAGUCAAAGAUCAAGCCUUCGCUCUUACAGGGCAAUCGGUCACAAUGACAUCUCGCGAGAAUGCUGGCAACCACCGG